CCUCCUCUACUUUCUGACAUCACAUUCUGCAGAAUCUUUCUUUCAUUCAGACGAUCUCUUCUUUACAGCAUCGAGACAUUCGCUGCCUUGUAUUUUCGGAUGAACUUUUAUAUUUUCAACCUUUCUGAAUCAAUUGUUCAUCUUUUUUUCUUCAGUGAAUAGAACAUUUGGAUUAUGUCGGUUCUUCUUUGUUUUUACGCCAAAAGAAGCGCAUCUUCGACGCGGAUUUCAUCAUGGCUAAUGCAGCCUCUCGUGCUGUUCGUCUUUGUCAUGACCGUUGCGCGCGGGCAGGUCCGUUAUUCUGUUCCAGAGGAGAUGACAAAGGGCUCGCUGGUGGGAAAUAUUGUUCAGGAUCUCGGUUUGGAUGUAAAGAGGCUGAAAUCUGGUCGAGCGCGGAUCUUUACGGAGGACAGUCGUGAGUACAUCGGUCUGAAUGUGGAUAAAGGGACUCUGCUAGUGAAAGAGAGGAUAGAUAGAGAGGAGCUGUGCGCCCAAGUGUCUCCCUGCUCCUUACAUUUUCAAAUCAUUCUAGAAAACCCCAUGGAGCUGCAUAGAAUUGAUGUAGAAAUAUUAGAUAUAAAUGAUCAUGCUCCUGUUUUCAUGAAAAAAGAGAUUACUUUUCAGAUAAGCGAAUCUGCUUUGUCUGGGGCUCGAUAUUCAAUCGAUAGCGCUAAUGAUCCUGAUGUAGGUCUAAAUUCUAUUCAGACAUAUAAAUUAACCCCAUCUGAUCAUUUCACAGUUAAAAUACCUGCUCAUCUCGACGAUACAAAAUACGUAGAAAUGAUUUUGCAAAAACCCCUUGACAGAGAAACUGGAAAAGAACAUAAAAUGAUUUUAACUGCCUUCGAUGGCGGAAACCCUCAAAAAACGGGCACUAUCAAAAUAAACGUUAUUGUUUUAGAUGCAAAUGACAACGCUCCUGUUUUCAGUCACUCAAUCUAUAAAGCAUCUAUUCCAGAGAAUUUUCCUAAAGGAUCCUCUGUGUUAAGGGUGAGUGCAACUGAUAAAGACGUGGGAUCUAAUGGAGAUGUUACCUAUUCUUUUUCACAGAGCAGUGAACGGUUAUCUAACCUUUUCCAAAUAGAUUCCAGUUCUGGAGAUAUUAUAGUUAAUGGUCAGUUGGAUUUCGAGAAAUCAAAAAAAUAUGAAUUAUACGUAGAAGCAACAGACAAAGGAGGAUUAAGUGACACUAGCAAAGUACAUAUUGAAAUUACUGAUAUAAACGACAAUGCUCCUAUAAUAAGCGUAAUUUCAUUUUCAAACCCAGUGGCGGAGAGUUCAGCACCAGAGACUGUAAUAGCAAUGCUGAAUGUCAAAGAUUUAGAUUCAGGGAAAAACGGAAUAGUCAAGUGCUACAUUGCUCAGAAUUUACCGUUUAAAAUAAAGUCAUCAAGCCCAAAUUUUUACAGUUUAGUCACUGAUGAGCUUUUGGAUCGGGAGAAGGUCUCAGAAUAUAAUAUCACGAUAACAGCUAUUGAUGAGGGCUCACCCUCUUUCUCUACUAAUAAAACACUGACUCUGAAAAUCUCUGCAGCUUCCCUGAAGUGCUCUCCGAGUUCACUGACUUUACGCACGACAAGGAUUACAACGACAACCUGACUUUCUAUCUGGUCUUGGCCUUGGCUGUAGUUUCGUUUCUCUUUAUCGUGUCUAUCAUCGCCAUACUGUCAGUCAAAU